GACGAGCACACCUUCACCGCCAUCGACAUCAACCGGCUGCACCAGAUCACACCUUUUGCAAUCAUGGGCCACACGAACUUCGAGAGCCUGCGCAACAUGGUCCGGCAUGGGCAGCUCGGGGAGGUCGACACGCUCACCGGCAUCCCGUCCUUCUGCGAGCCCUGCGUCAUGGGCAAGAUGAAGAAGCUCCCCUUCAAGCGGAGCACCACGCCCGCCUCGCGCCCGCUCCAGUUCGUCUCCUGCGACGUUGGUGGCCCCGUCGACCCCGCUGCGAUUGGCGGCUACCUCUAC